GUCCACCCCCACUCCUUCCCUCUCGACUCCAUAACCCUAAAGCAACAUUUGUAAACUGUGACAACCACAACCGCGCAAACGUUGUGUAUCACGAUCAACACGUUAGCCGUGUUUUGUAUUUUUUUACGAAGAUCUUUUUGAAAAGUAACAGAAAUGUCUUCCCUCGCUAAACCGAAGUCCGAAAUGACUCCAGAAGAGUUAGCAAAACGAGAAGAAGAAGAAUUCAACACCGGACCUCUGUCUGUUUUAACACAAUCCGUCAAAAACAACACGCAAGUUCUCAUCAAUUGUAGAAAUAACAAAAAAUUACUCGGCAGAGUGAAAGCCUUUGACAGACACUGCAACAUGGUUCUCGAAAAUGUCAAAGAAAUGUGGACCGAGUUGCCAAGAACAGGAAAAGGAAAAAAGAAGGCAAAACCAGUUAACAAGGACAGAUUCAUUUCCAAGAUGUUCCUUCGCGGCGACUCCGUGAUCUUGGUCCUGAGAAAUCCACUGGGUACAGCCUCAGCAAAAUAAGCACAAAACCUUAAUUUCAUCUAAUUUUCAUUAAUUGUUCCACGAAUAUUUAAUAAUCUUAUAUCUUGGAGAUAAUAAAAGUACAAAAAAGUAAA